AUGGAAUCUGCGCCUGAGGCAGAAUCCCUAGCCCCUGUGCAUUUACCUCGCAUUACGAUCAGAUUUUGUACUCAAUGCAAAUGGAUGCUUCGUGCGGCAUACUUCGCCCAAGAACUUCUCUCGACGUUCUCCACAUCCCUGGGCGAAGUCUCGCUCAUUCCCGCAACGGGUGGUGUUUUCACCAUAGAUAUCAUCUACGCAUCUACACAGUCAAAUCAAGAAGCUCUCAAUGGACAACCUCCUACUACCCAAACGGCUCGACUCUGGGAUCGAAGAGCUGAAGGCGGUUUUCCCGAAGUAAAGAAUCUCAAACAGCUGGUCCGCAAUGUUGUGGACCCAGAUCGUGAUCUAGGUCACGUCGAUCGCGAUCACAACGGGCAGAAGCCUGGGUCAGCUUCGGACGAGAAAGAUUCUUCCGUGUCGACCGGCCAGUCUUCGACAGAGAAGGCCGAGGAAAGCGUCAAAUGA